UUGAUCAGAGAAUGACGUCAAACCUUCAGGAAGAACAUAUAACACGCGCGAAGUAUCCGUCGCCGUACCCGUUGAACCGAGGGUACGCGAGAACUGAUAGGCCAACACUGAGGGUCGAACCCUCAGCUCAAAAGAAUGUUGACGUAACGUCAGCGUUGUGUCUUUCUGAAGAGCUCGUGAAAAUUAUCAAAAGCGACGAGCAAAGAAAGAAACAGGAAAACAAACGGAUGAAACAGAUGGAGAAAGAUUUGGAAGCUCUUCUGAACGAGAAGGACACACUACAAAAAGAAAACAAGAAGCUGGAAAGUAAAUGCCAACAGACCGACGAAUUGCUUGGUGUCAUCCAAAUUUUGAAGACUGAAAACAAUAAAUACAAGGAAGACUUAAAACGGAAACAAGAUAACGUCAGCAGUGAAAUAAAUCAGAUCUCUUUGGACUCAUGUUUACCAUGUGACAGUAAGGGGAAGGAGAAAAAACUUAGUGACGGCAACACCGCUAUUCCUGACCUCAGUGACGUCAACAGAGCCAUAAAACUGGGGGAGAGGUACCAAGAGUUGUACGACAAUGAGUGGACGGACGCCAUGGAAAAACUUGGCGGGUUUGAGGUGGAUGAAAGAAAAAGCGUGCAAAAACUACUCGACAUCCUUAAGAAGUGCUACAAAACUUGUGAAGAUAUAUCGGACAAGCAGAUGAAGUUGCUACAGAUAACAUUAGUAGACCCAUUGGACUCGGGGAGACCGAAACAUGGAUGGGUAGAGGCAUCCAACCCAAAGAUUCCGAGAUCAAUAUACAAACAGCUGAAAGAAUUCCGGAAGGGGGUGUCUUCUUACGCCGUGGAUAAAAUCUACAAGGAACACGCUUCUGACAAGUUUUGGUUUGAGGUAAAAACAGUUCCCAACUUUGUCCAGAAAUGUAUCGAGUUAUGCUGGCUGAUGUGCAUUCAGGACCUGCCCUUGGCUAUCGGUAAGGAUGCGACCGAAGGCGUUACUUUCGAUACCAGCAUGUACAAGCCGUACACCAACAGUGGGACAGUUGUAUCAUACAACGUGUGGCCGCCCUUACUCCUCCACGAAAAUGGACCACUUCUUGUGAAAGGAGUAGUUCAACCACAGAAAGUGGAGAGGAAGAACAAAAUAGAGCGUGGGGAUCUGAAUGGGAUGAAAGCUACUGCGGCCGCAAAACAACGAACGGAUGUCUAUCGUUCAAGUGCUCGUGAUCAUGUCACAUCAAGAAACACAUCUGGUCAGGACCAGGACAACCAAAGCACGCGGCCAUCCACAAACUACACACAGCAAUCAGUCUGUCCCUAUACAGGACACAAACUUAUCCAAAGCGAUGGUGUAACCUAUAUACAGUUAGGCGGAAAUCAUUACGACUAUGAUGAAUAUAAGCGCCUCAUUCUAAAGAAAGAAGAAUCGUAUGCAUAACUAGUUUGAACUAUACUCAUGUUUUUGAAGUGGGUAUGCAUCUAAUUUGACUCAGAUUGUUUCAGAUAGUUUCAACGAAGACAGUGUUUACAUAUUUGGAACAAAAUAAAUCUUAGAUAAGACAUCUUUACCGAUGGAAUGCUUUAUGAGUGAUGUUCAGUAGUUGUGGACUGAAAUUAUCAUUUGAAACAAUAACAAUACACUGCAAACUUGUAAAGAAUGUCGAGAGAGUGACUACGUCUUCCCAUCGAUUAGAGGAUACGUGCGAAGGAAAGUUAAAUAUAUAAAGCAUUCAUCAAAUGAUAACUAUAAUUCUUUUAGUAAAUGCUUUUCCAAAUUUGAUCAUCGAAAAGAUUCAAAUGUUAAUGACUUGCUUUAUCCAAGUCUAUACAUGUGACUGGGUUAGAGCAUCACAUGCUAACAAAUUUGGAUUUUAACUGGAUGACUAUGAUGCUGAUAUGUACAGGUGGGCAUUAUUAUUGUCUAGAUAAACCCGUAUUUUAUCAGUAUAAGCACGAUUUUGACAUGGCUAGUAAAGUGUAGAAAAAAACUUGUUAUUGGGCGGUAUUGGCAAAAUUACCUUUGGCGACAAUGACAAAAAAAAUGGAAUAUUUUAGAUUACAGGACUCAUUCUUAAUAUUUUUAUAGAUGUAAAUAUUUAUUAGA